GAAGACAGGCGCACGCACGAACAACGGCCAAAAAUGCCUGGUGAGAAACGAGGUCCCCGAGGGAAAUACUGACUAUAACGACAUUCAACCCGGACGCAAUCAUCGUUCGACAUGGUGAUCGGCCUCCCACCUCUGGAGCUACUCUCCGUACGGUCUCAUUGGGCUGCUUGGAAUCGCGAGUUUAUCCUGCGCGCGGACGCCGCCCAUCUUUGGCACGAGAAGAUCAACCCCGACAACCUGGAUGACGCCGGCAACUCCCUGUUGAAGCCAUUUGAAGACAUGCCAGUAGCACCCGAUCCGACUAAAUACGACAAGAGAAUCAUGCCGGGGCAGGACUCAGCAACGAUUGUCGUCAGCACUACGCCUGAGGGUAUCGAGGCUGGGACUAUCGUCGAUCCUGCUGCGUGUCCAAACAAUGCUCAUGAAAUGACAGUUAACUCCAGAGCUGCCUAUGCCGCAGACCUAGUCUUAUUCAACACUCGCCUUGCGAUAUACCGACAUGAAGACCAGGCCCACAAAGAGCUUAAACAUUGGAUUCUUAGCACCGUUUCCGACCGUCUCGCCGAAAUCACCUGCAAACCUGGUGAAAGCGUUGAUGUCUGGUACAAUGCCCUGAGAGGCCGAUUCGUAGCGAAGAGGCCGCAGAAAGACGCUGCGGCCGCGCCUGAGGGUACAAGUAGGUCGAAGAACAAGGUGGAAUAAAUGAGGCAACCAUGGGACUGGAAGGCAGGAGCGGGAGCAGCGCUCGCCUGCCACUGGAGCCGAGGUCGAUGGUCGGCUGCCCGGGAGUUUGGGUCUCCCCAGUGUCUCCUGCGAUUCCCGGUUCUUAAAAGUGGAUCAAUUGAACCAACUUCAAUACUUACCCCCUAUCCGCUACCACUUUUGUUUCCUCCCAUAACAUUCCAUUGUUUUGUCUGGCUGUUAAACGGUGGAGGCAAUACACAUUGAAGUACAAGGCCUGACCGGGAGUGGAUCCGGUCCACGGCCGAUGGUCGGAGUUUCUCGGUGACCUGCACAAUCCGAUUUCGCCUUCUGCGGCUUGAGAACCGACA